AUGGGCUCUGGUCAAACGGGGGAGGAAGAGCCUCGCGAUAGUAACCGCACGAGUGGUAAGCCAAAGAAUGAGUUCCCUCCAGGGAUUAGUCCAGAAAAGUUUCGUGCCAUACAGGACUUAUUCAACAGCCAGCCUCCUGAAAGUCAGAAACAGCUCAUGAAUCAAGCGCUUGAAUUCCAAAAAAAAAUGGGCAAGAUCCCAGGCUUUCGAAAAAUAGCCGAACAAGGUGUCCAGACGGUGGAGGCAUUGCUUAAGCAACAGUCGCUAGAUGGUAAGGGCAACCUCACACCUGGUGGUAUUUCGUCUUCAGUGGGUGGUGAAAACUCAGUGCAGGGUCAGUUUGCUACGCAUGCAGAUGGCCAGCGGCGUGGUACCAUUUUGAAGCCCUCCCCUGCCGCGAGUAGCGGGAGUGGGGGGGUGACGCUGGAUGAGUUGAGGAAAGUCAAUCUCGGACCGGAAAUUGAGGCCUUAUUUGAGGAGCUCCGCUCUAUUCGUGAGAAAAAAAAUCAUUAUCGUGAACUUUACAACAAAACCAAGGUCAAACUAGAGUCAGAGUCAAAAGAAAAAGAGGAGCUUGCUUCGUCACUGAACAGAGUGCAUGCUAAACUAAAACGUGCGGAGCAUGAAGUCAUCCUCAUAAACUCAGAAUGCAUGAAUUUAAACGAGGCAGCCUCGCAGGUCAAGUCCUUGACUGCGCAGAAUCGCCGUCUUUCAGAGGAACUAAGCGUAAUAAAAGCUUCUGCUACCUCAUCUGGAAGCCCGUCCUAUGCGGACUUGCAACGACGGCUGCACUCUAAGGAAGAGGCGCUGCAUUCGCUUCAGCGCAAAAUGGAGCGCAUGCGGCGGCGCGAUCCGUUGUUAGGCUUCUCCAUUGUCUGUAGCGACGUCGCCCGGUUCUGUGAUUCGACUUGUGAUCCACUGAAGGGUAUUGCCGAGGAGGCCUUCGAUGACCUCCAGGCCAACUAUAUGAAGCUUCAGCAAGACGUCUGGACGACUGCAAUGGAGAGCAACAACGGCGCUGCAGCCAAAGCUUACGUGGCGGUGAUAAAGCGUUUUUUUAGUUCUCGCAUACCUCACUAUAAUUACGACGCUGUAAUGGCGGUAGAGGGCGAUGUGGAGUCGCUGAAGGACACUGUGCGUAGCCUGGGCUUUGUCAUGUCCCCCAUGGCGAACCGAGAUGGAUGGUGGGCAUUAGUUGCACAAGCGGACGCGGCACCACUGACAACGUCCCUGGGACCCUACGCGUAUGCAUUCGCCCUCUGGUCAUUAUCGACAUUUAGAAAUGGUAGUAGUAGCAAUAAUAAUAGUAGCAGCUCGAUUAGGAAUCUAACGGGUAGCGAUUGCAUUGGUGGUUCGAGUCGGUCAAUUCUUCCCCACUUUGCGGCUCUGCCGUACACCGUAGCAGUUGUCGCGCCGUACGUUUCGACGACGUUGGUGGAGAACCGGAAUCGCAUCACAGUAGAGUAUGAGACCGCGCGCGCCAGUGGGCCGGGUGGGCAGGCCACAAACGUUACGGAAACUCAAAUUCAUGCCAAACUUUCGAUCGACGGGGCGAAAGCCUUCAGUGCCCAAGCACAGGACUCCCGCAGUGCUCUUCAGAACAAGGAGUCGGCAACAGCGAAGCUCAUGACGCAACGCCGGCAUCAGUACAAUGAGAGUCUUUCUAAACAGCAGCGUGCUGAGGAAGUGGAAAAGAAUGUGCUGAAUGCAAUGACAAAAGUCGGUGUCGGGACGUUCGCGACGCCUUCAGCGGAGGCCUCUGCUGUAGAGUGCGUGCAAAAGGCUUCUGAGACUGGAUUCAUAUCCAGCGCAGAUAUUGCACUUGUCCAAUGUUUUUGGAUUUUAAAAAAGAAACUUACUGAGAUUAGCAAAGCAUUCGAAUAG